UCAUGAAAAUGAAGUUCAUGACCUAAUAGUAUCUGAAUUCAACAAAUUAAAUGUCUCAGAUAAGAAUUGUUCUUAUUGCGAUAAACCAUUUGCCGAGAAAUUAUGGUGUAAAGAAUGUGACCCUCGAUGUAUGAUUGAAGGAUGGACUAGUGGAAAUUCUGAAAUUGAUAAUUUCAUAAAAGAUGCAAUGUAUGAUUCAAGACAUGAUAUAUAUUCAGAGCAAGAUGAUGAAAGUUGGAAAAAAUCGGAUCCCGAACCUAUGAAGGUUGCUUUGAAAAGGUUAAAUGGAUCAUGGGAUAUGUCAGCUAAAUAUUUUAGUGAGCUUAAAGCUCAUUGGGAUAUUUGUCAAGAUGAGUUUAAAGAUACCAAAGAAUAUGGAUAUUAUGGAAAAGAAAUAAAGGAAGCAUUUGAAGAGGCAGAUAAAGAGAUACCAAAUAUUUCAUUAUCACGCAAUAAUAAUCCUGAUGCUAUAUAUACAAGUAGAGCAUUUAAAUUUAAAAAUUUGACUAAACCUAUUAAUUCGUCUCUUAUCACCUCAUAUCUCGAAAAGGAUGAGAAUAAUGAAGAUUCUCAAUUAAUUGAAUUAGAAAUUCCUAACUAA